AUGGAUUGCUUCUGGAAAUGGUUCAAUCAAUUUUGGGAUUGGCUUUAUACUGCGAGCACUCAGAAACAAUUGAGCAUUGCAGUUGUUGGUUUGCAAAACUCAGGUAAAACGACUUUCACCAAUCUGAUAGCUGGAGAGGAGUUUGUGGUCGACACGAUACCAACUUUAGGAGUAAACAUCAAAGAUGUAAAGCUGCCGAACCAUACCAAUCUAAAGGUAUACGAUUUAGCCGGCCAAACCCGCUUUCAAAAACUCUGGGAUCGAUGUUUCCAACAAGUCGAUCUUUUAGUGUUCAUGAUUGAUUUAUCCGAUUUAACGAAUUGGGAACAGGCAAAGAACAAGCUUCAUGAUGUGAUAAUCGCUACAAACCUGGAGCAUGUACCUAUUCUGAUAUUAGGUAACAAAGUGGACCUAAUCCCGAAGUUUCAUAGAGAUUUAUACGUUGCCAAGUCGGAUGUUUCAGAUCAACGGAGUUCAGUAGAAAACUCUGCGAGGAAACAGACAUGGAAUUACGUCUCUCCCUUGUUACACAAUUAUGAAUACGAAGAUAUACCGAAGUAUGAUUUAAAUCCAGAAAAUCAACACGUAUUAAGCAAGGUAGAGGUUCUCUCGAAAGAAUUGGGCAUAGACUUGAAGCACGGAUUGCUUCAUUUACCACAUGACUCGAAAGUCAAAUUAAACAGAGACAUCGCCCUAUUCUCAGUAAGUUGCAAAGACGGAACUUUGAUAGACACCGUCAUCGAUUGGAUCCUAGAAUUAUAG